ACUUAUGUCUGGUGUGUAAGACAGCAGUAUAGAAAAAGAUUAAAGAUGGAUCCGAGGACAAAGAUAGUAAGCUAGACAGGAUGACAGACAGGCAAACACACAGGAACAAUAAAAGAUGGUAAACUGCGGGGGAUAAAGACAUAAAACAGUAUGACGAGCCACCAUGCUGAGAACUGCAGAAGCCAAAGAGCAAGAAGAAGGAGGAGGACAUGUCAUGAGAAAGAGUGGCCUUUCAGAUACAGGAAAGCAGCGAGGAUGAUGAGGAUGAGGAUGAAUCUGUGGACUCCACACAGGAUGGAUACUAAGAAGUAUUUGGCUUCCUUAACCAUUCUCCUGUUUGUAAUGUUAAAAGUGACGAGGGCUCAGCCUUUCACACUGGCAGAUCAAAUGGGGUCUGUGAGCAGCAACACAUCAACAAUGCCCACUGAGCCCACUCCCACUGCAGGAGGAAGAGUGAUCGGAAGAUAUACCAGAGACUCUGACUCAACCGUGGAAGUUUCGUCUGCUGAACAAACCACAACCAUCAACGUCACACGCAACAGCAACAUGACAGAAAUCAAGACUUCAUCAGCUCCAAGAGAGGGAACAACAAAACUACAAACUAAGGUCACGCCUACUAAAGCUUCCAGAGUGACAGCCUCCCCAACCGCAACUGAGAAAACCAAACGAGAUCCAAAGUGGGAUCAAGAUUUCACCUAUGAUUACAAGUCCCUGCGCAUUGCUGGACUGUCCAUCGCAGCAGUGCUUUUUAUCGUGGGCAUCAUGGUGAUCUGCUGUGGCAAAGUCUGUCGGCUACCCAAGUGUAAAACCAAGUCAUCCAAGUCAUAUCGAGUGGUACAGGGAUAAAGAGAGAGAGAGUGUGUGCACAUUGAUAAAAACACAGAGCUGCAAGGAAGCAACCAGGAGUCAAGAGAAAAACACUGGAGCAACACCUGGCUGUGUGUGCUCAAAGACUGUCAGCUGCUUAGAUACAGUUUCAAUCCAUGCAUCAUACUGACGAGUGAGGAAAGUUGAGCCAUCACCUGCUUUAUCUUUGUCAAAUGUUAUUUCUGUACUUGGCAAAAGUUCACCAAAGAAGUCAAGUUAUUAUUUAUCUUGGCAAAUAAUGAAGAGAUGAUUCAUAUUUUAAUCACACCCUCAACUUAGAGGAAGGUUUGUUUCUACUCAACAGAGACAGUGUCCCACAGCCAAGCUUAUUAUUAAAGUUUAUGAAGAACAUUG